GCUCGCGAAGGCGCAGAGGAACCGGCGGAGGGCGGGAGGCCGCAGGCGGCGCUCUCGCCAGGCGGCCAGAAGGGCAGAAGCCCCCAGUCUUCAGCCCGCGCAAGCGACGCCGGGAAAUGCCCACAUCCGGGAAACCUGUAGCGGAGUGCGGCGGCGGCGACACCGAGUGGAAGGCAAAAUGGCGGCAGCGACCGCGGCCUAGUGUUAAGGGGAGAGCCAGGUCCCCGCGACCUUCGCGACGGGCCGCGCUGGCCCGUGGCAGCCCCCCCAGCGUCUCUCCCCGCCCUUCCCCUUCGGGAAUACUUGGGGUCCCUGGGAGGGGCUCCGAUCGCGUCGGCGCCCGCCCUCCGGCCCGCGGUCGCUGUCCAGGAGACCCGCACUCUGUUGCAGGGUUAAUUAUUUAAAUUGUAAAGAAUUUUAAUAUUCCUGCGAACUUCUGCAAAGGAUCUUUUUCAGUUUUUCUCAAGAAGGCUCUGAAUCUAUCAAGUAGCUCUUACAGAAGUCUUGUGUGUGGGUUAUAUAUAGAGAUAUUUUCAUGAAGAGGAGUGAAAAGCCAGAAGGAUAUAGACAAAUGAGGCCUAAGACCUUUCCUGCCAGUAACUAUACUGGCAGCAGCCGGCAGAUGUUGCAAGAAAUUCGGGAAUCCCUUAGGAAUUUAUCCAAACCAUCCGAUGCCAUUAAAGCUGAGCAUAACGUGAAUAAAAUGUCAAUUGAAGAUCCUCGACAAGUCAGAAAUCCACCUAAAUUUGGGACUCAUCAUAAAGCCUUGUUGGAAAUUCGAAACUCUCUACAACCAUUUGCCAAUGAAACAAGCCGGAAUACUUCAGAAGUUAAUCCACAGAUGCUUCAAGAUUUACAAGCUGCUGGAUUUGAUGAGGAUAUGGUUAUACAAGCUCUUCAGAAAACCAACAACAGAAGUAUAGAAGCUGCAAUUGAAUUUAUUAGCAAAAUGAGUUACCAAGAUCCUCGACGGGAGCAGAUGAGUGCAGCAGCUGCCAGACCUAUUAAUGCCAGCUUGAAGCCAGGGAGUAUGCAACAAUCAGUUAACCGCAAACAAAGCUGGAAAGGUUCUAAAGAAUCCUUAGUUCCUCAGAGACAUGGUCCACCACUGGGAGAAAGUGUGGUCUAUCGUUCUGAAAGCCCCAACUCGCAGACAGAUGUAGGAAAACCUUUGUCAGGAUCUGGUAUAACUGCAUUUGCUCAAGGUCACCCUAGCAAUGGACAGAGAGUGAACCCCCCACCACCUCCUCAAGUAAGGAGUGUCACUCCACCGCCACCUCCAAGAGGCCAGACUCCUCCUCCAAGAGGUACAACUCCACCUCCCCCCUCGUGGGAACCAAACUCUCAAACAAAGCGCUAUUCUGGGAACAUGGAAUAUAUGAUCUCCCGAAUCUCCCCCGUUCCACCUGGAGCCUGGCAGGAGGGCUAUCCUCCACCACCUGUUAACACGUCCCCAUUGAACCCUCCUAAUCAGGGACAGAGAGGCAUUAGCUCUGUUCCUGUUGGCAGACAACCAAUCAUCAUGCCAAGUUCUAACAAAUUUAAUUUUCCACCAGGGAGACCUGGAAUUCAGAAUGGUAGUGGUCAAACUGAUUUUAUGAUACACCAAAAUGUUGUCCCUGCUGGCGCCGUGAAUCGGCAGCCACCCCCUCCGUAUCCUCUGACCCCAACUAAUGGACAAAGCCCUUCUGCUUUACAGACAGGGGGAUCUACUGCUGCUCCUUCAUAUACAAAUGGAAAUAUCCCUCCAUCUGUGAUGGUGCCAAAUAGAAACAGUCAUAACAUGGAACUUUAUAACAUUAGUGUACCUGGACUACAAACAACUUGGCCUCAGUCGUCUUCUGCUCCAGCUCAGUCGUCCACAAGCACUGGGCAUGAAAUCCCUACAUGGCAACCUAACAUACCAGUGAGGUCAAAUUCUUUUAAUAACCCUUUAGGAAAUAGAACAAGUCAUUCUGCUAAUUCUCAGCCUUCAGCUACAACAGUCACUGCUAUUACACCAGCUCCAAUUCAGCAACCCGUGAAAAGCAUACGUGUAUUGAAACCAGAGCUACAGACUGCUUUAGCACCUACGCACCCUUCUUGGAUACCACAGCCAAUUCAAUCUGUUCAACCUAGUCCUUUUCCUGAGGGUACCACUUCAAAUAUGACUGUUAUGCCACCGGUUGCUGAAGCUCCAAAUUAUCAAGGCCCACCACCACCUUAUCCAAAACAUCUGCUACAUCAAAACCCAUCUGUUCCUCCAUAUGAAUCAAUCAAUAAAUCUAACAAAGAGGAUCAGCUGAGCUUGCCCAAGGAAGAUGAGAGUGAAAAAAGUUAUGAAAAUGUUGAUAGUGGGGAUAAAGAAAAGAAACAGAUUACAACUUCACCUAUUACUGUUAGGAAAAACAAGAAAGAUGAAGAGCGAAGGGAAUCUCGUAUUCAAAGUUACUCUCCUCAGGCAUUUAAAUUCUUUAUGGAGCAACAUGUAGAAAAUGUACUUAAAUCUCAUCAGCAACGUCUACAUCGUAAAAAACAAUUAGAGAAUGAAAUGAUGCGGGUUGGAUUAUCUCAAGAUGCCCAGGAUCAAAUGAGAAAGAUGCUCUGCCAAAAAGAGUCUAAUUACAUCCGUCUUAAGAGGGCUAAAAUGGACAAGUCUAUGUUUGUGAAGAUAAAGACACUAGGAAUAGGAGCAUUUGGUGAAGUCUGUCUAGCAAGAAAAGUAGAUACUAAGGCAUUGUAUGCAACAAAAACUCUUCGAAAGAAAGAUGUUCUGCUUCGAAAUCAGGUUGCUCAUGUUAAAGCUGAGAGAGAUAUCCUGGCUGAAGCUGACAACGAAUGGGUAGUUCGUCUAUAUUAUUCGUUCCAAGAUAAGGACAAUUUAUACUUUGUAAUGGACUAUAUUCCCGGGGGUGAUAUGAUGAGCUUGUUAAUUAGAAUGGGCAUCUUUCCAGAAAAUCUGGCACGAUUCUACAUAGCAGAACUUACCUGUGCAGUUGAAAGUGUUCAUAAAAUGGGUUUUAUUCAUAGAGAUAUUAAACCCGAUAACAUUUUGAUUGAUCGUGAUGGUCAUAUUAAAUUGACUGACUUUGGUCUCUGCACUGGCUUCAGAUGGACACAUGAUUCUAAGUACUAUCAGAGUGGUGACCAUCCGCGGCAAGAUAGCAUGGAUUUCAGUAACGAAUGGGGUGACCCCUCUAACUGUCGAUGUGGAGACAGAUUAAAGCCACUAGAGCGGAGAGCAGCACGUCAGCAUCAGCGAUGUCUAGCACAUUCUUUGGUUGGGACUCCCAAUUAUAUUGCACCUGAAGUGUUGUUACGAACAGGCUAUACACAGUUAUGUGACUGGUGGAGUGUUGGUGUAAUUCUUUUUGAAAUGUUGGUGGGACAACCUCCUUUCUUGGCACAAACACCAUUAGAAACACAAAUGAAGGUUAUCAACUGGCAAACAUCUCUUCACAUUCCACCGCAAGCUAAACUGAGUCCUGAAGCCUCUGAUCUUAUUAUUAAACUUUGCCGAGGACCAGAAGAUCGCUUAGGCAAGAAUGGCGCUGAUGAAAUAAAAGCUCAUCCAUUUUUUAAAACAAUUGAUUUCUCCAGUGACCUGAGACAACAGUCUGCUUCUUACAUUCCUAAAAUCACACACCCAACAGAUACAUCAAAUUUUGAUCCCGUUGAUCCUGAUAAGUUAUGGAGUGAUGAUAAUGAGGAAGAAAAUGUAAAUGACACUCUGAAUGGAUGGUAUAAAAAUGGAAAGCACCCCGAACAUGCUUUCUAUGAAUUUACCUUUCGGAGGUUUUUUGAUGACAAUGGCUACCCAUAUAAUUAUCCAAAGCCCAUUGAAUAUGAAUAUAUUAAUUCACAAGGCUUGGAGCAACAGUCAGAUGAAGAUGAUCAGCACACAGGCUCAGAGAUCAAAAAUCGUGAUCUAGUGUAUGUUUAACUAGGAAAUAAUUGUCGAUAAGGAUUUGCAAAAAAAAGCCUUAAAUGCGCAGGGGUUUUGAGGCUCUGAGAGUAAAAUUAUGCAAAUGUGACAGAGCUGUGUGUGCUCUGUAUACAAUAUUUUAUAUUCCUAAAUUAUGGGAAAGUCUUCUAAAAUCUUAAUUUAUUCCAGCCUUUUUAAUCAAUAAUUUAGAAAAAAAUUGUUAUAAAGUAAAUUAUGAACUGAAUAUACCAGUUCUUGGUACUUAAAGUACUUAAAAAAUAGUGCUUUGUUUAAAAGGAGAAGUCUGGUAUCUAUUUGUACAUAUGCUAUAUAAUUUUAAAAGACAAGAGUUUUUGGAAUUUUUUUGAAAGACAGUUUUAGUUUUAUCUUGCUUUAACCAAAUAAGAAAUAUUCCCUACAUUUACAAAGCUUUUUUUACCCCCAUAACCUCGUUUUGGUACAAAAUAAGCUAUAGAAAUUAAGCCAUGAUGGUGGUGAGUGUUCCUAGGCUAAUGAUAAUCUGUAUAAAUUCAUGUCUUGGAACUCAGAAAUACAGGGUUGAAACAGUAUGUUCAUUAGAAGGAAAAAAAAAUGUUUAUCUUUUUUUUUCUCUGUCGAAUAUUUAACCUUUUAGCAUUUGUUUCUCAAGAAUUAUUGGCAUUAAACUAAGCAAAGCACUACCAUUUUUCUUUCUAUAUUGGUAUUUUUAAUGCUGCUUCGAGUUUUAAAGGAGAACAAAACUGCCAUAAAUCUAAAUUUCUUAUUCUAAAAGCUAAGAUUUUUCAUAUUAUUACUUCAAAAUUUAAAACUUGAUUUCUGCCAUCCUUAGCAGAGAGAUUGUUUUCAGUUUCAUAUGAAACUAUGAUUAGAAAUUGUUUGUGGGUACUCACUAGGAAAGUACUUUUUCUAUAUAGUGAGAGUUUGUGUCAUCAGUAAUGUUAUAUUUCCUCUUUCAGAACAAUGCUGCAUACACAGACUGUUUAUUGGCAAAGGAAAAUCUGGCUAUUUGGCAAUAUUUUACCUAUUGACAGAUUAAUUGAUGAAAAAUUAUUUAACAAGGUGGCCAUUUUAACUAGAGAAAGUUAUAUAGUGGUCUUAGUAGAAAAUUCAAAUUCUAACUUAUUUAAGGUUAAAUAAUAUGUUUUCCAUUGUUCCUCUUGUAUAUGCUUAGAUUUCAAGGAAGACUUCUGGUUUCAUACCAAAAUACAUUUACCUUAUCUUUUAGGAAGGGGAAAGGGCUCAAUUCUUACAUUAGUAAAACCUGUACUUUCUUUUUCUUAAGCUCCACUGAUUGGGAAUUGUUUUAUCAAAACAAUAUAUGUGGAUAAGAGGCAUAAUUUUAGUGAUUUUCAGUAUUUUAGCUUCAUAGGAAAGCUAAUGGAAAUCACAUGUGUAAGUAAAAUUAAGUCACAGCUGUUCCAGCUGAAUUAAGGAUGUCAAAGAAGAUUUAUUUAUUAGCCCAAACUUCCCACCUUUCUGUGGUGGCCCUCUCAGAAUUCAGCUUGUAAGCCAUUGCAUGACCCACUGUGUAAUAUAAGUAGGAUCUUUGGGAGUCUUUAGUUUUUUUGAGAAUCUGAUGAAAGCUGUGGACUCUCUUCCCAGAAAGAUGGAUACCAGCACAUACACAUAAAAUGUUUGCAGUUUUAGGGAUUCUGGACAUGUUGAAAGCUAUCAUAAACUGUUGAUUAAGAACCUCUGUCCUGUAAGAACACUAACAUAUAAAAUUAAGAACCUUGCAUUAAAUUUACCGAUUAGCACUCAAAUUAGCACAUCUUGCAUAAACACUGGUAAUUUGUGAUGGAAAAGGUCUGUACCGUGUGAUAAGGUAUCCUCCCAUGAAUGCCUCUCUCGCUGGUGCAGCAGUAAGACAUUUUAAACACACCCUUUUGAAGGCAGUGAAAUAUAUGUUUGGCUUAUUACAGACCUGGUAAAUAUUUCUGAAGGACUUCAGAGAAUUUUAAGAAAAUGUACAAUGAGAUAGCAGUCUUCACUUCAUGGCACAUAUGAUUAGUCCUAAAAAAUUCUAUGCAAAACAAAUUAGGUCAAGAAUUUUUAUCUCAGCAUUCAAAUUUUUAAGCUAUCUUGCUCUUCAGCUUUCUCAGUUAGAUUUGCUUAAAUUUCCAUACAGUUGUUUUACUUCUGGACUUACGGUGCAAUAUAGUACAAAAACAACUUUGUUACAUUUACGUUGUAGGAAAACUAAGGUGCUGCCCGCCCCCACCCCCCCCACACACACAUAAUCUGUGCUGCCCUUAUUUUUCAAAUGUAACAGACACUAAAAAUUUUGUAUUUUGAAAUUUCCUCUGACAGCGUAAGCUUUUUAUGUGUAUCUGGAGCUAUGUACAAGUCUUUAGUAUCUGCAGUUUUAAAAGUUUGGCUACCCUUAUUAGCUGUCUUAUUCCCCAAUUACAUUCAGUUCUUCCAGUAUAGAAUCUGGUGCUUCCUGACCAAAAAGAACAUCAUCAAAAGUCUAUAUGCUUUCAAUUGAAAUGGAGUGAACAUCAUCAAAAGUCUAUAUGCUUUCAAUUGAAAUGGAGUGAAAUGGAGUUAUAAAUGUUUUCUUUUUAAAAUAAUUUUUCCACUAAAAACUUACUGUCUUUCUUAUACUUACCUUUUUUUAUGCAUAUCACUAGUAUUUAUAAAACAUGUUCUGUAAUUAUGUAAUUGUAGAUACUGUUAUGUAUUGUCCAAUGACAUCCUAAGGCAGGCCCUAUUGCUGUAUCUUUUCUACCUUAUUUGUAAUAGAAACUAUAGAAUGUAUGUAUGACUAAGAAGUCACUUUGAGAUUGACUUUUUUAAAAAGUGAUUACCUUCUGCUGUUGCAAAGUGCAAAACUGUGAGUGGAAAUGUUUUAUUCUGACUUAAUAUGUUAGAAAUUAGAGAAUACAGUGGGAGGUUUUUUAGAUAUUGCUGCUGCUGUUACCUAAGGUACUUUAGAAAUUUUUCUUUAAUAAACAAAAAUAAAAAUCCCUUUAGUAUUUAAAGUGAAACAUUUAGCCUGUUUGUUUUAAUCUAAAACAAAAAGUAAUUUGGGUCAACAUAUUAGUAUAUUUGUAAAGCGCCUUAAUAUAUCCUUUUGAGGAAGGCUCUGUACCACAGUUUACUUUUAUAUUGUAUUGUGUAUAUAAAGUAUUUUGUAUUAAAAUGCAAUCAAUACAACACUACAGUUUUAUAAAAUAAUGUUUCGUUAGGAAAAGGAAUUACAGCUUUGCAAUAUAACUGAAUUGUUUUGCAUACUUUUGAAUGUAGUAGAUCUGAAUAAUCAGCUUGUGUUUUUAAUGAAUCUAUUUGUAUUUUCCCAAUCAUUUUAUAUAGUGUAACAUUUGCUGGGGUAAUAAAAAAAAAAGCAAAAUUCAAAUAUUUCAA